CUUGAGACGAGUGAUGCGUGACGAUUUUCCUUGAGUAUCUCCUUCAAUUUCCUUUGCUUUCACCGCUGCUGGUUCGGCGCUUCUCUUUAUGUUACUUCCCAAGGUUUUCUAGAUCUCCUAAUUCUGUACAACUAUGCUUUUUAGCCAUGUCAAAAGGCUGUGCAUCAUCUCGGCACCUCUAAUCGCAGCUGCGCCACAUAAUGCAGCACCCACAGUCACUUCAGUAUCAAGUGCGCUUCCAACCGAGCUUCAACAAGACGUUCCUUCCUGUGCGCAUUCAUGUAUUCGAACCUCGUUAUCAGAACGCUUUCCAGUAGCAUGCACGGCUCAAGGAGACAUCGAGUGCCUCUGCUCUCGUUACAGCAUCAUUGGAGAGUCACUAGGUGAAGUGGCCCUGGGCUGUGUAUAUGCUUCGUGUGGAAGCAUUGACGCGGCUGCAUCGGCAUACAAUGUCUGUCUCGGCCAAAAGAAUGCGGUAUUGCCUACAAAGACGGCCCUCACUGUCGUUCCUAGCGGCACCUCGAGCACAACCUCUCGUUCUUCGACACCAUCCACUACUUCAACCUCAAGGGCCACGAUUACAUCCAUCAUAAGGACAACACUGCAGACGCAGGUCUCCUCUAGCCAAUCUGUCUUUGUGGACUCAAUUUCGCUCCCAGCAUCUGCCACCUCAAUACCAUCGUCAACACCGACCUCGAUCGCAGCACCCGCCGCGACCGAUGAUCGUCCCAAGAUGAGCCCAGCUCAGAUUGCUGGACUUUCGGUAGCAGCCGUUGCAGCUUUCAUAAUUGCCAUUGGGCUAAUGGCAUUGAGUGUGUUUCUGAGACGGCGCAAGGAGCGAAAGAGCAUGUACAUGAACGAGAAGGAUGAAGGACGACGAAGACAGCAAUCGGCACGCUUUUCGCACUACAUUCCUGUCGACGACGCGCCAGCACCGCCAGCGCCGUCAACUCGCUUUCCUAUUGGACCACCACCACCAGCAGCUUCGCGUGAUGGACCUGCACCCACGUACCCACGCCUAGUCACGCCAUCACCUUUCAGCACCUUGGGGGUCUCAACAUUAGGUUCAGGUCGUACUGUAGUGCGACCAGGUGUUGGAACUUCAGCUAAAGCGGCUUCUGUUCCAAUGUCACAGAUCGGUCUUGCUAUCAGCGCUGAGCUCGGAGGGUGUCCUGCAUCAGCCAAAUCGGCGAACCACCCAAGACAAAAGGUCACGGAAGAUCACUUUCGGCCUGUCAGCACGCGCACAGAGAACACAGUCUUCGAGGAAGACGAGAUUGCCGCUCGCCGUCGAUCCUCAAAACUCCUCCCAACACCACCAGUUCCCAUCAUGCCAAUCCGCAGUCUCCAGCCCUCCCGCCUACCUUCAAAAGCACCAACAACAUCGACUACGUCUUCCAGCCGUACGGUGCGACGCUCAGAACUAUUCCUUGAUAUCCCGGUCCGCCACGAGAGACCUCAGCCGAAGAGAAUUGUAGCAGCAGGCUUAUCAUCGACUGGCUCCCCAGCGCCAAAGCGUCCUGCGCCGAAACUACGAAUCCCCCCUUCCUCCUCCCAACAAACAUCCACAACAUCGACAUCAACCAUCACGCCCGCCAGCGCAGCCGACAUCCCAGACUACUACUUCAGCUCUGCUCCACCCCCAGAGCGUGACACAACACCACGUCAAGACUCAGACACGCUCCCCGUCUCCAAGACACGCAAAGCGCACCGCUCACCGAGUACAACCGGCUCCCGCACAAUAUCGAAAACUUCUACACGCCCAACCUUCCGGGACUCAGUAUCCUCCCAAACCUCCUUCGAAACCGCAGAUCCCAACGAUCCCACACCCGAAGACGACUCAAGCGACAAGCAGCUCUCCGAUGACAACAAACUUUCCCCUGUGGCUGAGAGUCCAAUCCACACGCUCCGCUACCCCAAAGUCCCGCGCGCGUCGAAUCAACUCGUGCCGCGGAGUCCGAAAACGGCCCAGGGAAGCACGAGACGGAGUCGCGAAGAAGAGCACUCUUACGUCCGCCCGCUGCCCGAGCCUUCUUCGCUCCUCAUCAAGCGCCGAGGUGAACGCGAGGCUGUGCAACUAGAACAGAAACUCGUGCUUAAGGAUCCGUUUACCACGCCUACGCGGCGCGAGAUGCGUGCGUACCAAACCCAACACAAGAGGAUUCUUAGCGGCAAUUCUUGGGAGCACACGCCCGCAUCUAAAGUCGAGCGGCACAGCUACAGCAACAGUCCAUUAGUUAAUGAGGAGGAUGUUGUUAGGCCGUUGAGUAUUGUUAAGAAGACUGAUGUUAAGAGGGAGAGUGGACAGGGGGGCGAGAUGAUUGGACUGAAAAGUCCGGUAUGGAUUCCGCAUCUCACACCAACGCGUAAGGGCGAUGACCUAUUCAUCUCCGUUGGCUGGGGUGAUAACUUGCGUGGUCGAUGAACAGGUCGAACUUGAGGGUCCACUGGCGGGGGAGGGGAUGUUUCUUGUGUAUAUUUGGCGUUUGUAUGAUAUGAGAUCGAGAUACCCACGUCAUAGCACAGCAUAGCUCAUUUCCAUUUUUCAUGAAUAAAA